AUGUCGGAGAAGAACGGCCAGGAAGACAUCCAUGGCGUCUCGGCGGUGGUUGAGGACACUCCUCAUGUCAUUGCGGGAUACGGUGAAACAGCUAAACGCGCGGGUGCCAAGACGAAAGAGGUUCACAAUGCCGAACUUUUUGCUGCUAUAGAAGAGACGAAGAUAGAGCGGUGGAGCAAAACGUCGCUCCAUUUAUACUCUAAACUUCUUUAUCCCCGCAUUACAGUUUGUAUAUUCGUCUCGUUUCUCUGCGCAUGUGCUAAUGGUUAUGAUGGUUCCUUAAUGGGUUCUGUUCUCGCGAUGAGCCAUUAUCAAGAGGUAUUCAGGACUGGCCUCACUGGUGAAAAGGUCUCCGUGGUCACUUCGCUUUACACUGUUGGAUCCAUCGUGGCCACCCCUGUCAGUGCUGUUAUUUCUGACAAGCUCGGUCGUCGCAAGUGCAUGUUUGUUGGGGCCUGGAUUAUCAUAGUUGGAUCUAUCAUCAUUUCGACUGCGAUGACACUGGCUCAAUUUGUGGUUGGAAGAUUCAUCCUUGGAGUAGGAAUUCAGAUCAUGGUUGUUUCCGCUCCCGCCUACGCUGUUGAGAUCGCUCCACCUCACUGGCGUGGUCGCGCUGUUGGCUUUUACAACUGUGGCUGGUUCGGAGGCAGUAUUCCAGCUGCGGCGAUUACAUACGGAACAAACUACAUGGGCAAUAACUACCAGUGGCGUGUCCCAUUCAUUUGCCAGUGCUUUGCCUGUGUUCUCGUAAUUUGCUUUGUUUGGUUCAUCCCUGAAUCACCUCGCUGGCUUCUUGCACAGGGCAGAGACGCAGAGGCAACAGCAUUCUUGGUCAAGUAUCAUGGCAACGGCGAUCCCAAUGCUCGUCUUGUUCGUCUCGAGAUCGAAGAGAUGAAAGAGGGUAUUCGCGUUGACGGAAUCGACAAGAGAUGGUGGGAUUAUCGACCCUUUGUUACCACACAUAGUGGUCGUUGGCGUUUUGCCCAAGUGAUCAUGAUUUCUGUCUUUGGACAGUGGUCCGGCAACGGGCUCGGUUAUUUCAACUCGACUAUCUACGAUAUUCUUGGAUACAAAUCGAGCUCAAUCCAAUUGCUUUUCAAUCUUAUCAACUCAAUUGUGUCAGCAAUUGGCGCAGGAAUUGCCGUUUGUUUGACGGAUAAGAUGCCUCGCCGACCGGUUCUUGUCUGGGGAACUUUAGGUAUGAUUAUUCAUAUUCACUUCCUUCGAUACUGUACUUCAAUUGCUGACUUUGUAACAGCAUGUUGUAUCACCAUGGCAAUCAAUGCCGCAAUUUCUAUUCCGAUUGCGCAGACAGGAACUAUCAGCAAAUCUAAGGGUCAAGCUGCCUUGGCGUUUUACUACCUCUUCAACGUCGUUUUCUCCUUCACAUAUACUCCCCUACAGGGUGUCGUACCGGCGGAGGCCCUGGAGACCACGACCCGUGCAAAGGGCCUUGCACUAUCGGGAUUUAUGGUCAGCUCUAUCAGUUUCAUCAGUCAAUUUGCCUCGCCAAUUGGUCUUGGAAAUAUCUCAACCAAUUACUUCUGGAUCUUUGUGGGAUGGGACUUGCUUGAGGUGGUGUUCUGGUAUUUCUUCUGUGUCGAGUCCCAAGGUCGCACUCUGGAAGAGCUUGAAUGGGUCUAUCAACAGCCUAAUCCAGUCAAGGCGUCUCUAAACCUGGACAAGGUCGUCGUGCAACAGGAUGGCACGGUUACGGAGAAGAUUGAGACAGAUGCUUGA